AUGGCAGAUUACGCUAAGCUUCCACAGGGGACCUCCCUUGAUAUCAAGCCUUUCAAAGCCUAUGUUGAGGAGGAGAAGCUACAGCUAUUCAAGAAGCUGUUGGAACUAUCACCCAUUGCUCCUGCGGUGUUUGAGAAUACUAACGCUGGUCGAAGAUAUGGAAUGAACAGAGAAUGGCUGGAGAAUGCGAAAAACACUUGGCUCAACGACUUCGACUGGCGUAAGAACGAAGAUCGAAUCAAUUCGUUCCCCAACUUCAAAGCUUCCGUCAAGGAUGGGGGUGGAAACACUAUCGAGGUUCAAUUUCUGGCUCUGUUCUCCGAGAGAGCCGACGCCAUCCCAAUCGCCUUCUUCCACGGAUGGCCAGGUUCCAUCUGCGAAUUUCUGGAUGUCCUAGAUAUUCUGAAAGAACGAUACUCUCCCAAGGACCUCCCAUAUCACAUCAUCGUUCCCUCACUGCCAGGAUACGCGUACUCAUCCGGCCCUCCCAUUGACAUGGACUACGGCAUCGAUGCUGCCGCAGGAGCACUGAACAAUCUCAUGGUCGGUUUGGGAUUCGGCUCUGGAUAUUUGGUGCAGGGCGGCGAUCUCGGCAGCUUUAUGAGCAGAAUGCUCGCCAUGGGCUACGACGCCUGUAAAGGCAUGCAUGUCAACAUGAUGCUCAUCCCACCAUUGGAUGAGACGGACGGUCCACCAACCGACGCGGAGAGAAAUGCGUUGCAGAAGGCUGCCGAGUUCAUCGACACUUCAUAUGCCUUUGCAUUGGAGCAGGGCACAAGACCGGCCACCAUCGGCCUGGCCUUGAGUGCCAGUCCCUUGGCGUUGUUGAGCUGGAUCGGAGAGAAGAUGCUAGAAUGGACGGAUGAAGACCCUCCACUGGAGAAAAUCCUCGAAGGGGUGACACUGUACUGGAUGACAGACACUAUUCCACGAUGUCUGUACCAUAGCCGCGGACUGGCAAGUGCGGGCGAUGACCCCAAGAUCGCAAGGAUCAGCGUCAUCACAAGCAAAGAAGCACUGAAGCUUCCCUACAUCGACAAACCCACUGGCUACUCUUUGUUCGCCCACGAGAUCGUUCCGAUCCCGGAGAGUUGGGCCGCCAAAACUUGCAAUCUGGUGUCCUUCCAUCAACAUGAACGUGGUGGUCAUUUCGCCGCCAUGGAGAAACCGCGUGAACUUCUCGAUGAUGUCGAGGAGUACGUGCGAAGAGCUUGGAAGCCUUAG